CUGAAAACUCAUUGUUGCCAUGUACUACUGCAAAAGAUCAUGCCUGCUGGAUUAAGAGGAUUGGUGAGGAAAGAUGUGUAUGAAGCAAUUGCGGAGCUUGGGGACUUUUUCAGAGAAUUGUGUAGUAGAAAUCUGAAGAUAGAUGUUGUGAAAGGACUAAAGGAGAAAAUCCCAGUUAUCCUUUGCAAGCUUGAGAAAAUUUUCCCUCCAGCCUUUUUUGAUGUCAUGGUGCACCUAGCUGUGCAUCUACCUGAUGAGGCAUUGCUUAGAGGCCCUGUUCAGUAUGGAUGGAUGUACCCAAUAGAGAGGAGAUUGGGUACUUUGAAGAAUUUUGUGAGUAAUAGGGCGAGGCCUGAAGGAUCAAUUGCGGAGGCCUAUGGCGCAAGUGACACCUUGACAUUUUGUUCGAGGUAUAUGGCGGAUGUCGACACCAAAUUCAACAGUAAUGAUGCCAUCAAUGUAGAUGAACCAUUAGAUAGUGACCCUAAAAUUUUUAAGCAUGGUGUCAAACUCGUAGGAGCCGACAGGAGGACAUACAUCGAUGAUAAGAUGUAUUUCAGACUAGUUUGGUAUGUUCUAAACAAUUGUACAGAAGCUGAGCCAUAUGUGGACAUCUACAGGGCAGAGUUAUUGCAAGAAGGGCCACAUGAUGUUGAAAAAAGGCUUGAAAAUGGUUUUCCUAACUGGUUUAGGAGCCAUAUCGCCAAGAAGCGCACAGAUCGUCCAGAAGAGGUUACUGAUGGAUUGUAUGCUUUGUCUUGUUUUCCUGAUCUUCGAGUGGGGUUUUGGUCUGCUUGCAUUGUCAAUGGAGUCAGGUAUAACACAGUGCACCGUGAGAAAUACUUGCAGACUCAGAACAGUGGUGUAAUGACUCCAGGUACUCAUGGUGAUGCUGAAAUUGAUUUUUAUGGUGUCCUUAAUGAGAUUAUUGAGCUGCAGUAUAACGCCACUGCACCAGCCACUCGGUCUGUGGUUCUCUUUGGAUGUGAUUGGUACAAUCAAGUAGUAGGCAAGACAACAGGCAUCAGAGAUGAUGGACAUUUCAAAUCCAUUAACAUUCAGUCAUUGUGGUACAAGUCUGACCCUUACAUUUUGGCAACUCAAUCCAAAAAGGUAUUCUACAUGGAAGACACGGCUUUGGGAAAGAAUUGGCGAGUAGUGCAGAAAUUUGAGCAUAGGGACGUGUAUAAUGUGCCUGAAAAAAGUGACCUUAUUUACCAAGAAGACUGCUGUUCUCAUAUAGUGCAGCAAGGUGAGGCUGAUGGCGAAGUGCAGCAAGGUGAUGGUGAUGAGGUUGAGGUCAAUAAUCAGGAUGGCGAAUAUACUAGAAUUGAUGGUCGUUUACAUGAACUUAUAAGAAACAAGAAGGGAGCCAACAUUUCUGUAGAUGCAGAGGAGGCGGAAGAUGACAGUGUGAUGGAAUAUUUUAGUGAUAAUGGCAAUGAAAACGCUGAAGAUGAAGAUGAGGAGGUAGAUGGAGAUGAUCCCUGA